UGCAAUCAGGGUGAAUUUUCCGCUCUCCAUCGGCUGGCGAAAAUGGCCGUAACAUAUUUGAAUUCUGCAAUACCUGUGCCCAAGUACAGUUGGUCUGAUCGCUGCCAUGCUACCCAGGCGCUUUCCGAUGCUAAAUCACCCGUUACACCCGCUUCUAAGUCAGAACUCGCUUCUUCUGUAGAUAUCCUCAUCACGUCGGAAGAUGAUCGACGGAUGCAGAAUCGCCAACCUCGGUUACUUGAUACUUCUUCUCUGGAAGAACUGUCUCAGCCAAAUCUACUUUCCCAAUGUCUCCUUGGCCGGACUCUACAAGAAGCUACAUUCCUUUUCUCCCUCGCCUUGUUACCAUUCUUUGAGUUGGCUGCAGACAUUCGUAGUGUCUGUUUCUCUGGUCAUCAUGUCUUCGUUUCUCCAGAUGCCGACUCAUCACAGUCAUCUCACGUUGAAUCCUCUAUCUAUACUAAUUUAUCGCCCAAGCUUGUUGAUCCUUCCAAUAUAUCUGCCUUUGUCUGUGCUUUGGCUCCAAAGUCACUUAAGUCGAUCUCUGUUCGUGUUGAUCUAAUUCAAUACGAGGAGACGUUGGGUGCACUUGAAUUAUCACUUUUCUUCAUCCUAUCCCUCACAUAUGGCACAUUCUAUGGCCCGGAAAAACAACUUACGUGCACAUUCAAAGACGUCUAUGAUCUUUUUGAGCAAGUUUGCGAAUCCUUAUUUCUAGCUUUCUUAAAACACCAUUGCAUUCAAAUAUUAACACGAGAUGUUUUUUGA